AUGAGGUAAUUUAUAAUUUAAUUAAAGCCAACAUAGAUCCUAGCAAAUAGCUUAAUUUUAAUAAGAUUUAGCUUUUACCCCUCUUGAGUCAAUCACAAAAUUAUCUAAACUACUUUUUUUAUUAGUAUUUACGAAUGUAUAUUUACUAAUUUAUCUAACAUAUUUGGUGUUUUCAUAUGACUUAAAGCAAUUAAUAAUUUUUUAUUUUUCUUUUGAUGCUAUGAUGAUGCUAUUUCUAAUAAUUUUGAAAAUUAAGUAAUUUUUAACCAUUAACUUUAGAUUUAGUUUUGCUGUAGGAAAUUCAAUAUUUGAUAUAUUUUUUUCAACUAUUUUCAAAACCAUUUUGUUUAUUCAUUUUAGAUUUAGAGAACUAGAAAUUCAAUGUUUAGGCUAUGCUGUCUUUGCUUAUUAUUUAUUAAGAUUAUUUGCACUUCUAUUUUAAAAAGUUUUUAGAAAAGUUUUUAUACAACGCUAUUAUAUUGUAUUUAUUUUUAUACUAAAAAGUAUAUUCAAGGCAUAAAAGCAUUAUUAGCACUCUAAUUAAUGUUAAUACUUUUUAAAUGGAAAGGUGUAUUAGAAUGGAAUUGGUUUGUCAUAUUUAGUGUGGCUUGGAGUUUACUGGUUAUAUUUUUUAUUUUUCAUCUUAUUUUAAUACUUUCAAUAAUUGAAAUAAUGCAUGAUUAUUUAUUGAGAAGGGCAAGUAAAUCGUAAAUCAUAGGAAGUGUAUGGUUGAUUUUGUACUUUUGUAGUUUUAGUGGAAUUCCAAUGUGGUUUUGUUAUAUAAUCUGUUAAAAUUAAGAAAUAAUUAAUUAUCCUACUAGUUAGACAAGUCUUACUCUUAGUAUCAUAGUCAUUUUGUAAACAUUUAUAAUAUUCAUUUUCUCUACAAUUUUUAGACAACAUGUCAAGUAAAUUUAUUUUAUCAAUAUAGAAAUUAUAUCUAAGAUAUUGGUUUUGAAGAAUAAAUUUAAACAUCUAAUCCAAAGGAUACUAAAUAAUAAUAAUCAAAAGCCAAUAAUUCCUUAAAAAUAACUUUACCAAAAAAAUUAAUAUAAGUAUCAUCAACCUAUUUUGAAUUUUUUAAAUAACCAUCUUAAUAGAACUAAUAAAUAUAAAAUGUUACAACAAAUAAUUUUAGUGUUAUAAAUUAAAAAGUUAGAUUGAAUGCAUUUGAAUUUGUUGCUAGAAUGGAUUAAAUCCAUUCUCCUGAGAAAGAAUCAAAAUUAAUGUAAAAUGAGGAAAAAUGUUAAGUUUGUUUUUUGCAAGAACCUCAUAUUGUUAUGCUUCCAUGUAGACAUGGUGGAAUUUGUAAUGAUUGUUUAAAAUAAUGGUUAUAGAAAUCACCUAAUUGUUAUUUAUGUCGAUAAGUAUUAUAAUUGAAAUAUUUAGAAAAUCCAUCAAUUAUGUAAGAUUCAAAAAGAUGAAUCAGGAAAUUUUACUAUAAAGGAAAUUGCAGUAUUCAAAAUAUGA